AUGACUCAAGCCCUAGUUAUUGUCGCCACAGCUCAGGAUGUUGGCAAGUUUGUUCACGAGACGGAAGACUACCGUAUAACCUACGACGUGGAUGAGAAACAUGAAGCUACUUUUACUUUCUGGGUUCCGAGUCCCCCUGGGAGGUGGUCUCCGGACCGAACGUCUUUCAGCUUCAGUGUCAUUAGGAAGCCUCCUGAGGAGUUCACUCACGGGCCAUACCCCUUGUCAAAGACCGACAGUUUCACCUACGCCAUUGACUUUGAAGGGCCAAGAGCCAGUGCCCAUGAUUGGUAUAAGUCUAUUGAGAGGUUACUGCUGAGGAACAACGUCAUUGACAACGAUAAUUCUGAGCCGUACGGUGGUAUUCAGUCUGAGGACUUGACCGUUCUGACUUAUACAAGCGGUGACACUUUCUCAACCUCCUUCCGGAAUGAAGACAUCACGUUCAUGAGGGUCGGAGGCAGCCUGACACCGGGCGAGUAUGUCUUCAAGCAGAAAGCGGCUCCCUAUCUCGAGGUGAGUUACAGAAUACGCUCUGACGAGUAUGGAGAUAUGAGGGUUAAGUGCAAGGAGCGUCGAACCUCUCGUUUAAGUUUCAAGCUUUCCCGCCGCACUAGGGGUCUGUUAUACGAUCACUAUGCUGUGGAGCCGGCCGGCGCUGGUACCUUAUACCAAUUCCUCCACCAGGUCAGGAAUGUUUGCCCGACCAUACGUUUGGAUGCUGACGACCUAUCGAAAGUGGUCUUUGCCACUGAGAAAACUAUCUUCGUGAGUCUCGGAAGGGCUCGCCUGGCUCUCUCCAUCGGAGGUGCGUAA